AAACAUCGCUGACUCAGUGAAAGCAUGGAACUAUCUCAGCUUACCUCUCAACUCCUUUCACUGAUCUCUCACCCUCUGUGGUUUAUCGUUGCUGCGCUUCUGUAUCUAGUUCUCAGGCUGCAGAGGAAAGGCUCAUGGAAACCAAGACAGUGUCCAGUGGAUCUCCGCGGCAAAACGGCUAUCGUUACUGGAGCGAACACAGGCAUUGGGAAGUACAUUGCACAGGACCUUGCCCAGAGAAAUGCCCGUGUGAUCCUGGCAUGCCGCAGCGCAGAACGAGGGGAGAAAGCAGAGCGAGAAAUCCGACACUGGACAGGAAACAGUAACGUUCACUUCCGCAUUCUGGACACCAGCUCCUUGGAGUCUGUGCGGAAGUUCACAGAGCAGAUCAGGAAGGAGGAGAAGCAAUUGGACAUCCUCCUAAAUAAUGCAGGUGCCUCAGGUUUGGACUGGGCAAUCACUUCUGAGGGUCUUGAACUGACCAUUGCUACAAACCACCUCGGCCCAUUCCUCCUGACCAACCUGCUACUGGACUUGCUGAAACGUUCCACGAAUGCCCGGAUUGUGAAUGUCUCUUCAAUGAAUCACCGUCGUGGAAAGGUUGACUUUAAGCAUUUCAAAGGAGAGAACCCGCCAACAUCCGGGAAGGAUGCGAUGUACAACAACACCAAACUGAUGAAUGUAUUAUUCACCGAGGAGCUGUCUCAGCGGCUCAAACACACAGGAGUGACAGUGAACGCUGUCCAUCCAGGAGUGGUGAUGUCGGAAAUUAUGCGGAACUACAAUGUGUUACUAAGGAUUAUCUUCAACCUGAUUGGAAUCUUCUUCUUCAAGUUUUCAGAGGAAGGAGCUGUGAGUCCCAUCUACUGUGCUGUGUCAAAGGAAAUGGAUGGUGUCUCUGGAAAGUACAUUGACAGUGACUGCUCUCUCACUCUGCCCAGCCCAUUAGCACAAGACCAAGCCUUAGCUAAAAAGCUGUGGGAGGUCAGUGAGUCAUUCACUGGCCUCACAAAUGACAAGAGUCAAGUUAAUGCAAUGUGAAUCAUUCCUUCAGGUGUCUCCUCAGGCAUUAAACUCACCUUUCAACAUGAGCCAUAACUUUGGAAAUCUCCAUUUCCCCAAAGUCCCUCUGUCUCCUGCCGUCCAUUCCUUCCCUGCCCUCAUAUGCAGCAAGACUUGGAAGUUGACAAGUGGCCAAGUAAUAUUCAUGCCACACAAUGACCAUCUCCAGCAAGAAACAGUCGAACCAUCAUCCCUUAACAUUCAGUGGUGUUACCGUUGCUGAAUCCCCCACAAUCGACAUCAAGAAACUGAAUGGGACUUGCCAUAUAAAUACAGUGGCUACAAGAGCAGGCCCAUGGCAGGCAAUGGCCUAGUGGUAUUAUCACUGAACUAUUAAUCCAGAGAUGCAUGUAAUG